AUGGAGGAGCCGAAGAAAGUUGCUGAUAGGUAUCUGAAACGAGAAGUUCUUGGUCAAGGUACUUAUGGAGUCGUCUUCAAAGCUACUGAUACUAAGAAUGGAAAUAUUGUAGCGAUUAAGAAGAUAAGACUUGGUAAGCAAAAGGAAGGUGUGAAUAUAACAGCUCUCAGAGAAAUCAAAUUGCUUAAAGAGCUUAAGCAUCCACAUAUAAUUGAGUUGAUUGAUGCAUUUCCUCACAAGGAGAAUUUGCAUCUUGUGUUUGAGUUCAUGGAGACUGACCUCGAAGCUGUGAUUCGAGAUCCAAAUCUGUUUCUGUCUCCCGCUGACGUCAAAUCUUACCUUCAAAUGAUACUUAAAGGUCUUGAAUAUUGCCAUGACAAAUGGGUUUUGCACAGGGAUAUGAAGCCGAAUAACUUGUUGAUAGGGCCUAACGGACAACUUAAGCUUGCAGAUUUUGGAUUAGCACGUAUAUUUGGUAGUCCAGGUCGUAAGUUUACUCACCAGGUUUUUGCUAGAUGGUAUAGAGCACCUGAACUUUUGUUUGGUGCUAAACAUUACGGUGCUGCAGUUGAUGUUUGGGCUGCUGGUUGCAUUUUCGCGGAACUUCUAUUGCGCAGACCUUUUCUUCAGGGAAAUAGUGACAUUGAUCAACUGAGCAAAAUCUUUACUGCCUUUGGGACUCCAAAAGAAGAUCAGUGGCCCGAUAUGCUAUGUCUUCCUGAUUAUGUUGAGUAUCAGUCUGUCACUGCACCUUCUCUACGUUCUCUAUUCCCAACGGUUAGUGAGGAUGCUUUGGAUUUGUUGUCAAAGAUGUUCACCUAUGACCCCAAGUGUAGAAUAUCGAUUCAUGAGGCUCUACAACACAGGUACUUCAUAUCUGUACCUUCUCCUACUGACCCUUUAAAGCUCCCAAGACCAGUUCGCAAGCAGGACGCUAAAUCAUCUGAUAGUAAACUCAAAACCAUUAAAGUGUUGUCACCAGCACAUAAGCUUAGAAGAGUGAUUCUUGACCGAGGAAAGUCUGGUAAUGGUUUCAAGGACCAGAAUGUGGAUGUCAUGAAACAAGCUAGCCAUGAUGGACAAGCACCAAUGUCUUUAGAUUUCACUAUCUUAGCCGAGCGGCCACCAAACCGACCAACCAUCACCAGCGCAGAUAGGUCUCAUCUAAAGAGGAAGCUUGAUCUCGAGUUCCUAUAG